AUGGACAGUGAAUACCGAAUCAUUCUCAAUGUGGGCGGAGUCCGACACGAGACCUAUAAGCAUACACUUAAGAAGAUUCCGGCUACGAGACUCUCCCGAUUGACUACAAAUUUGGCUAAUUAUGAUCCAGUGCUAAACGAGUAUUUUUUCGAUCGACAUCCAGGAGUUUUCGCGCAAAUACUCAAUUAUUAUAGAACGGGCAAACUUCAUUACCCUUUAGACGUGUGUGGACCAUUAUUCGAGGAGGAAUUGAAAUACUGGGGUCUUGAUUCAAACGAAUGUGAACCGUGUUGUUGGAUGACGUUAUCUGGAACAAGGGAUACACAAGAUGUGCUGAAAACAUUGGAUGAGUUGGAUAUAGAAGUAGAUCAAACGGAGGGGCCAGAGCUCUACAAACGAUUCGGAUGGGAAGAUGACUAUCACAACCAAAGUCUAAGCGCCUGGCAGAAAAUAAAACCUCGAAUCUGGCGACUUUUCGACGAACCGAACUCCUCUCGAUCUGCUCAAUUCAUCGCUGCGAUUUCUGUAUUCUUUCUAAUCACUGCCAUUAUUGUAUUCUGUUUGAAAACACAUCCGGGUCUUAGAAUACCCGAACUUGCUCCGUUUGGAAACUUUUCGAGGAAUCAUCGAAGCACGUCGUCACGAAUACAUCCCGCACAAAUCAAUAUUGAUAAGAGUAAUUCUAGGCCGCAUCCCACUUUUAUGUAUAUCGAAACAAUAUGUAAUAUUUGGUUCACCAUCGAGAUCCUCGCGAGAUUCGCUUCAUGUCCAUCUCGUUUCGACUACCUCCGUGCUCCAGUCAACAUCAUCGAUAUCGUCGCCACCCUCACUUUCUACAUCGAUUUGUUAUCAAGUAUGUUCGGAGCGACGGCAGAUCUCGAGUUCUUCUCAAUCAUCCGUAUCAUGCGUCUCUUCAAACUCACUCAUCACAAUUCUGGUCUGAAGAUUCUGAUGCAUACGUUCCGAGCGUCUGCCAAGGAGUUGAUGCUUCUAGUAUUCUUUUUGGUGUUAGGCGUCGUCGUUUUCGCAUCUCUCGUUUAUUAUGCAGAACGAGUCGAAAGUAAUGAAGAUAAUCAGUUUGUAUCGAUUCCGAUCGGGCUUUGGUGGGCUAUUGUCACAAUGACGACAAUUGGCUAUGGUGAUAUAACACCUCAUACCUACUUGGGUCGUCUCAUCGGUUCGAUUUGUGCUCUUGCUGGUGUGCUUACCAUCGCGCUGCCAGUUCCAGUUAUCGUCUCCAACUUUGCCAUGUUCUAUUCCCAUACGCAGGCUCGUUCGAAGAUGCCAAAGAAACGACGAGGAGUUCUUUCGAUGGACCAAGUUGCGCAGCAUGUCAAACAUGCUCCGGUUCGGAAUUCCAAUGGUCCGACACAAAGGAAGAAUAUGGAGCAUACACCUCUUGUAUCAAACAACCAUACACCUCCACACACACUAAUUUGA